CGGCAAGCUGCGUCGGAGAUCAGCAGGGUGCGUAGACAAACAAUGCCUUUUAAGUUCAUCCUCAACCAUAAACUACGUCCUGUCCGUCCUCACUGUCCGCAUCAUCCCAUUGUGAAAGAACCUACAUCCAUUUCCCCCUAGCCUUUUGUUGUUUCGUUCACCCACAUUCCACGGCUUCACACAAUGGCGGAACAGCUACGCUAUGACGACCAAGUCGUCGUCGUCACCGGCGCCGGUGGUGGUCUGGGUAAGGCAUACGCUACCUUCUUUGGUUCAAGAGGAGCCAAGGUCGUCGUCAACGAUCUUGGUGGCUCUUUCAAGGGAGAGGGUAACUCGACAAAGGCUGCCGAUGUAGUCGUUGACGAGAUCAAGAAGGCCGGCGGCCAGGCCGUCGCCAACUACGACAGUGUCGAGAAUGGCGACAAGAUCAUCGAAACCGCCGUCAAGACCUUCGGCCGGAUCGAUAUUUUAAUCAACAAUGCCGGCAUCCUUCGGGACGUCAGCUUCAAGAAUAUGAGCGACAAUGACUGGGAUUUGAUCAUGAAGGUUCACGUCAAGGGAGCCUACAAGUGCGCCCGUGCUGCAUGGCCGCACUUCCGCAAGCAAAAGUACGGACGAGUCAUCAACACCGCAUCUGCUGCUGGUCUCUUCGGCAGCUUCGGCCAGUGCAACUACUCGGCGGCAAAGCUGGCGCAAGUCGGCUUCACAGAGACGCUGGCCAAGGAGGGCGCAAAGUACAACAUCAUCUCAAAUGUCAUUGCACCCAUCGCAGCGAGUCGCAUGACUGAAACUGUCAUGCCUCCGGAUGUGCUUGAGAACUUGAGGCCCGAGUGGGUUGUGCCGCUCGUCGCCGUCUUGGUCCACAAGACCAACACCACCGAGAACGGCUCCAUUUUCGAGGUCGGCGGUGGCCACAUUGCCAAGCUCCGGUGGGAGAGAUCCAGUGGUCUUUUGUUGAAGGCCGACGACAGCUACACUCCUGGUGCCGUCCUGAAGCAAUGGAGCAAGGUGACCGAUUUCUCAAACCCACAAUACCCAUCUGGACCCAAUGACUUCAUGACUCUUCUCGAGGAGUCCAUGAAGAUGGGCCCCAGUGAGCAGGGUGAGAAAGUCGACUUCAAGGGCCGCGUUGCCCUGGUCACUGGUGGCGGUGCAGGUAUCGGUCGCGCAUACUCUCUCGCAUUCGCCAAGGCCGGUGCAUCAGUUGUUGUCAACGAUCUCGCAAACCCUGACACUGUGGUCGAGGAGAUCAAGAAGCUGGGAGGUAAGGCAGUAGGCGUCAAGGCGUCCGCCGAGGACGGCGAGACUGUCGUAAAGGCGGCUAUGGAUGCAUUCGGUCGCAUUGAUAUCAUUAUCAACAAUGCCGGUAUCCUACGCGACAAGGCUUUUACCAACAUGGACGACAACCUUUGGGACCCCGUCUUGAAUGUACAUUUACGUGGUACCUACAAGGUCACCAAGGCCGCAUGGCCUAUCAUGUUGAAGCAGAAGUUUGGCCGUAUUGUAAACACAACAUCUACCAGUGGUAUCUAUGGUAACUUUGGCCAGUCCAACUAUGCCGCCGCCAAAUGCGGUAUACUUGGUUUCUCCAGAGCACUCGCCCUCGAAGGUUACAAAUAUAACAUUUACGUCAACACCAUUGCACCCAACGCUGGCACUGCCAUGACCAAGACGAUCAUGCCGGAAGAGAUGGUCCAGGCGUUCAAGCCGGAUUACAUAGCGCCUCUUGUGUUGGCUCUGUCCGCCGAGAAGGGACCCAAGAACCCAACUGGGGGUCUUUACGAAGUUGGCAGUGGUUGGGCCGGCCAGACGAGGUGGCAGCGCGCCGGUGGUGCCGCUUUCCCUGUUGAUGUGCCGUUGACUCCCGAAGCCGUCCUUGAGCAAUGGAGCAAGGUCAUUGACUUUGAAGACGGCAGGGCAGACCACCCCGAGAAGGCUGCAGACUCGAUCCAGAAGAUCAUGGCAAACAUGGAGAACAAGAGCGGGGCUGGCAAGGUAUGAACUUCCAAUUAUCUUUGCCCCCUAGCUCAACUGUAUAUAUCCAAAGUCUAGUGUAGAAUGGCUUGUGUUGACAAUGAUUGUAAAUUAG